CCCCAGAGAUAAACCCUACUUUCUUCUUCCUCCUCAGGAAUACUAGAAGAACAACCAUGUCUCUGAGCUAAACCAUGUGGCUCAUUCUACUCCUUUUGAACCUUUUCCUGAAAAUGUUCUGUUCUCUUCGCAACUUUAUUCACAUUAAUCGGAGAUUCCCUCACCAUGUAAGCCCUUCUUCCUCUUCUCUCUCACAAAUCCAAUCCCCUCUCUGUUUCCCUCUAUCUUCUCCCUCUCAAUCUUCCUUCAUCUCCUGCCCUUUCGUUUUGUUCACUAGAUUUCUCUGUAUCAUCCGAUACCCUUUCGUUAGCAAAAGCGGUGGUGGUGCUUCUACUUAUUAUUCCGACGAUUUCGAUAGAGAUUGGAUCCAUAAAGUUGUUCAGAAUGAUCUCUGGGAUGAUCCCGGAAUCGAAAAGCUUCUUGAUUUGACAUCAUCUCCGAUUUGGGUUCCGAGGGUUCUCGUUGAAUUGAAAGAAGACCCGAAAUUAGCUUUCAAAUUCUUCAAAUGGUCGAUGAACCGUGAUGGGUUUAAGCACACCUUAGAAUCGUACUGUAUAGUAGCUCACAUUCUGUUUUGUGCUAGAAUGUAUUACGAUGCUAAUAGUAUCCUUAGAGAGAUGGUUUUGUCUAAGAAGGCUGAUGACUGCGAUGUUUUUGAUGUUCUGUGGUCUACGAGGAAUGUGUGUGUUCCUGGUUUUGGAGUGUUUGAUGCUUUGUUUAGUGUUUUGAUUGAUAUAGGAAUGCUUGAGGAAGCUAUCCUGUGUUUCUCUAAGAUGAAGAGAUUUAAGGUUUUCCCAAAAAGCAGGUCUUGCAACGGUUUAUUGCAUAGGUUUGCCAAAUUGGGGAAGACUGAUGGGGUGAAGAGGUUUUUUAAAGACAUGAUUGGUGCUGGUGCGAGACCGACUGUGUUUACUUACAACAUAGUGAUAGAUUGUAUGUGUAAAGAAGGAGAUGUAGAAGCUGCUAGAGGUUUGUUUGAUGAAAUGAAGUUUAGAGGUUUGAUUCCAGACACUGUCACAUAUAAUUCUAUGAUUGAUGGUUUUGGGAAGGUUGGUCGAUUAGAUGAUACGGUUUGCUUUUUCGAGGAAAUGAAGGAUAUGAGCUGUGAGCCUGAUGUUAUUACAUACAACGCUCUGAUCAAUUGUUUCUGUAAAUUUGGGAAAUUACCUCAAGGUUUAGAGUUUUACAGGGAGAUGAAGCGAAAUGGGUUGAAACCAAAUGUUGUGAGUUACAGCACUUUGGUUGAUGCAUUUUGUAAGGAGGGUAUGAUGCAACAAGCCAUCAAGUUUUAUGUUGACAUGAGAAGAGUUGGUCUUGUGCCUAAUGAGUAUACCUAUACUUCUCUCAUUGAUGCCAAUUGUAAAAUCAGUAAUCUCUCAGAUGCCUUUAGGCUGGCUCAUGAGAUGUCGGAGGUGGGUGUGGAAUGGAAUGUGGUCACUUACACUGCACUGAUCGAUGGCCUUUGUGAUGCGGAGAGAAUGAAAGACGCUGAAGAAGUUUUUGAGAAAAUGGAUACAGCCGGUGUGAUUCCAAAUCUUGCAAGUUACAAUGCUCUCAUUCAUGGAUUUGUAAAGGCAAAAAACAUGGACAAAGCUUUAGAGCUUCUGAACGAAUUGAAGGGGAGAGGUAUUAAACCGGAUUUACUGCUCUAUGGAACUUUCAUUUGGGGUUUGUGUGGUUUAGAGAAGAUAGAGGCAGCUAAGGUAGUGAUGAAUGAAAUGAAGGAAUGUGGAAUCAAAGCGAAUCCGCUGAUCUACACAACGUUAAUGGAUGCUUACUUUAAGUCGGGAAACCCCACUGAGGGAUUGCGUCUACUGGACGAGAUGCUAGAACUUGAUAUCGAGGUCACAGUUGUUACAUUUUGCGUUUUGAUUGAUGGAUUGUGCAAAAACAAGUUAGUUUCUAAAGCUAUUGAUUAUUUCGAGAGGAAAAGUAAAGAUUUUGGUCUACAAGCCAAUGCAGCGAUAUGCACAGCGAUGAUUGAUGGUCUAUGUAAAGAUAAUCAAGUCGAGGCUGCGACAACUCUUUUUGAACGUAUGGUUCAGAAGGGUCUGGUUCCAGACAGAACGGCUUACACAUCGUUAAUGGAUGGGAAAUUUAAGCAAGGGAAUGUGGUAGAGGCUUUGUCUUUAAGAGACAAAAUGGCUGAGAUCGGUAUGAAGCUUGAUUUGCAUGCUUACACUUCGUUGGUCUGGGGACUAUCGCAUUGCAACCAGUUGCAGAAAGCGAGAUCCUUCCUCAAGGAAAUGAUUGGGGAAGGGAUUCUCCCUGAUGAGGUUUUGUGUAUUAGUGUCUUAAAGAAACACUAUGAGCUUGGAUGUACACACGAAGCCGUAGAGUUGCAGAGUUAUCUGAUGAAGCAUCAGCUCCUGACCAGUGAUAAUGAUAAUGCACUUCCGCACACUUGAACUCGAAAGAUGCAGUCUUUUUGUUCUUUAUCAGACUGAUUCUGAUAUUCGGAUCCAAAUCUUGUUUCUUCUGAAGAACAAGAAACCAGACUACGGAGUCUACAGCCUAAGCUUCUCCUGAAAAAGAUUCAUCAUAAAACAAUCUUGGCGGCUGCAGUUUCCCUGUUUGGUUCAGGACUAAUCCGAAGAGAAAGCUUAUCGACGAAUAUAUUGUUCAUCGAAAAGAGCAGAGACUUCAAGUCUCUGAAGCUAAAUGGAAAGGAUGAGAAAGUAGUGAACUGAAGAUUAUGAAUCAAUUUGCUUGAAGAUGGGUUUUAAGGGUUCUUCAUUGUUUGUUUUUUUUUUGUAUUGUUGCAUUGAGGAACCAAUCAAAAAUCCCCAGUUUUGGUCUGUGUACAUAUUUUUUCUUUAUUGUUUUCACCCAAAAUGUAAUUUUCACUUAUUGAUGAUGAGUAAAGUUUAGGUUUGAACAAAUUAUCUAUUUUUUC